CACUCAGAGCCUUGAGUCCAGAACCAGAGAGACAGAGACCUGUUACUCAGAGAUGAAUCUUCACACUUUUCUUUUUGUGGUGGGAUGCUGUUUUGCCCUUUCAUUGGGUGAAGAAGAAAGUCCUGGGAGACGUUUCAUUCUAGAUUCGAUUGAGGAAGCAAAGAAAAUCGUGGAUGCUGCUUACAAGUAUUCUCGUGAUGAGAGUUUAGCAAGGGUGCGCAGAGAUGUCAUCAAGCCUUCCGACAAGCUACGUCUACUGAAACAGCCAGCUCGAAAGACACGAGAGGCCGUGAGAGCCGCAGACUACAUGGUGCAGACACUCAGGCUGAUCAGUGAGAAAGCCCAUCAUGUACACAAGAGGUCCAUCAAUGCUACAGACCUGCUGACUCUAGACGAGCUGAACACCAUUGAACGUCUGACAGGCUGUACAGCUCAAACCCGGCCCCCAUCUUGUAGGACCACACCCCUCAUAAACAAAUAUCGAACUAUCACCAGUGUCUGCAACAACCGGAGGAACCCACUCCUUGGUGCAUCCAAUACCGCUUUUACCCGCUGGUUGACUGCUCACUAUGAAGAUGGCUUCUCCCAGCCCAAAGGGUGGGAUCCCAACAAACUGCACAAUGGUGCAGUGCUGCCCCUGGUCAGAUUGGUUUCAAAUCGUAUUCUAAGCACUGCAGAUGCUGACAUAGAGAGUGAUCGUGAGUUUACCUUCAUGCUCACCAUCUUUGGGCAAUGGGUUGACCAUGAUCUGACUUUCACACCCUUCUCACCAAGCAUUAGAUCCUUCAGCAGUGGCCUCGACUGUGAUGAGAGUUGUGAGCGCUCUGAACCCUGCUUCCCAAUUCCGGCCCCUCCAGGAGAUCAACGCCUGAAGCCUGACACCUGUCUCCCUGUCUUCCGUUCAUCACCCACCUGUGGUUCCGGAAACACUGCCUAUAUGUUUGGUGGGAACCCCAACAUUCGGGAACAGAUCAAUGCUCUAACAGCUUUCCUAGAUGGUGGACAGGUUUACGGGUCCGAGGAUGGGCUAGCAAAGGAACUUCGAGACCUGACCAAUGAUGGUGGUCUUCUACGUGUCAAUGAUCAGUUCCUUGACAAUGGACGAGAGCUUUUGCCUUUUACCAGUGUAGAAAGCAACAUGUGUGCCACGCGCAGGAAAACCCUCAAUGACACCACCCUUACAGAGGUGCCUUGCUUCAUUGCAGGGGAUGUUCGUGUUGAUGAAAACACUGCACUCACCUCAGUACACACACUUUUUGUGAGGGAGCACAAUAGAUUGGCUCGUGCCCUCCGUGUGCUCAACCCUACCUGGAGUAGUGAAACCCUCUAUCAAGAGGCAAGAAAAAUUGUGGGUGCCUACAACCAGAUCUUGGUGUUUAAGGAAUACUUGCAGCAUAUUGUGGGCCCUGAUGCUUACAAUAGACAACUCGCACUAUAUCCAGGUUAUGAUGAGAAUGUGGACCCUACCAUUGCGAAUGUCUUUGCCACUGCAGCUUUCCGUUUUGCCCACCUGGCCAUCCAACCCAUGAUAUUUCGUCUUGAUGAAAAUUACCAGAACCAUCCUCAAUUUCCAAGCGUGCCCCUUUUCGAGGCCUUCUUUUCUCCUUGGAGGGUGAUCUUUGAGGGUGGUAUCGAUCCUCUGCUUCGUGGACUGAUUGGUCGGCCAGCAAAACUGAACACACAGGACCACAUGUUGGUGGAUGCUCUUAGAGAGAGGCUGUUUGCCUUUACAUCACACAUUGCUUUGGACUUGGCCGCCCUCAACAUGCAGAGAAGCCGUGACCACGGUAUACCAGGCUAUAAUUCAUGGCGUCGGUUCUGUGGACUGUCCGCCCCUCAGAAUAAGCAAGAAUUGGCUGUGGUGAUGAACAACACUGAAUUGGCUCGCAGGUUGCUUGAGCUUUAUGGCACUCCUGAGAACAUUGACAUUUGGUUGGGAGGUGUUGCUGAGCCUUUUGCUCCUGGUGCUCGUGUCGGUCCUCUUUUUGCCUGCCUCAUCUCUACACAGUUCCAGCACAUCCGCCAGGGGGAUAGGUUAUGGUUUGAGAACCAUGGAGUCUUCACCACCAAACAAAAAGCAUCACUGGCCUCUGUGUCGCUAGCCCGCAUCAUCUGUGACAACACUGGAAUCCUCAGAGUUCCCAAUGAUCCUUUCCGCUUCACCAGUCCUACUAGUUUUGUUAACUGUGGGGAUAUCCCAGCCUUUGACCUCACCCCUUGGAUUGAAACCGAUACAGAUUCCUUCCAAGGGCCUCCCGGGCCCAGAGGACCUUCAGGGGAACCUGGUCCACGAGGUGUAGCAGGCCCCCCCGGACCUCCAGGACCUCCCAUGAAUACCACAGGACAACAGUCUGCCUUCUUUGCUUCUGUUGGUACCAUCCUUCCUGUCACUGCUAAGGUUGUUGUGUUUAAUAAGGUCCUUUACAAUGGACAGAACCAUUAUAACCAAACAUCAGGGCAGUUCUUUUGCCAGAUACCCGGUGUAUAUGAAUUCCAGUUCUCAUGCCUAGGAACUCGGACUUUGGGUACUGUUACCUUAAAGAAAAAUUAUGCUGUACAGUUAACUGCUGAAACAAUCAACUUUAAUACACAAUCAUUAGCGGAAGGGAGCGUGGUUCUGAACCUGCAGAGAGGAGACCGUGUGUGGAUAGAGGCUUCUCGGGGUGCUAAUGGUAUAGGCAGAUCCAGCUAUUUCUCUGGUCAUAUUCUUUUCCCUGUUUGAGACUAUUGCUUAUGAUGCAUUAUUUUUUUCCCUUUCAUAUAGCUGUUGUUUUUUUAUUAUGAAUGCA